UAUGUGAUGUACGGCGAUUGAUGGAUUGAAAGAACGUUUAGCUAGAUUCGUAUAGAUUCGCACUGUCUGUUUCUUCUUUCUCGAGAAAGCUAUGAACAGUAAACUGGAGACUUUUGGGCUUUCGGACGAUGAUCCAGAACGCGUUUGUACACGUAGCGGUACUUGAAUCUCAAGCCUCUUGCGAUCGGCGGUGAGACUUCGACGUUUUCCUCUGCGUCGCUUAACGAUCCACAAGAUGGGAACGAUGUACUACUAAGUCACUCGGAUAUAAUUUACAACUCCUUAUGUAUAUUUACAUCGACAAACUGGCAGGCAGACACGAAAGCUUCGUGGCUGCUGCUACCUUGCCACUCCGAUAUCUGAGAAUUCUUAAGGUCGACUGCAUCCUCAAAACGAGAACUUAAAAGUUAUCUCUUUAUUAGUGAGUAACCAGCCCAUGCAUUUCUGGAUCGACAAGCCAGCAGGCAGGCACAGUGGCUUUGGCGGUCGUCGCUAUCCUGCCACUCUGCUGCCUAAAACCUGUUCCAGUCAACAUCGACGAGGCAGAUGCACGAGACCACUAAUGGUUACUCCGGUUCAUCGAUUUCAGAGUCUGAAUGGCACUGGUAACCCACCAGGACCCAGUAAUGUACUCACUGCUAGACCACCAAGAUCCAUCUCAAGGAAUGGUUAUGAGAGUAGAUUCUCUGGUGACCCCUCGCAGCACCUACAGCCGAACAACUUCCCUAAUAACGUGGGCACCGUUGGGAACGAUCGACUGACACUACCUGUCAUCAAUGACACGAGCAGAGGUCUGUUGCAUUUCUCAGACUUCAGCGACGCCGAACUGGCUGGUUACAGACUAAGCUGUGGCGUGUGGAUUACAUUUGUACUUGCAAUUGGAUUUGUAGCCGCAGCCAAAUUUUAUUUCGACCACCAGGGUACAGGUCUGGAAGUGCUACUGUUCUGCGGUCUAUUGGUUACUCUAUUAUUGUCGGGCUGUUUUUACUCCAUACUUCGUCGGAGGUCUCGACAUUCUCAUCAUCAAGAAUCUCGCAGCCAGGACAAUCCUGUCACUGUUUUGACAGCAACAAAUGCCAUAGUCAACGAAAACAUUGCACCGAUUCCCACAAACAGACAAAAUCCGCCACCACCUUAUCACAUUGCUAUAUUAAUUCCACCGCCAGACUCACCUGAGGAAGCCCCUCCGCCUGCAUAUGACAAGGUUAUACGUUGAGCAGUAAUUAUGUCGAGCGAAUCUUUACAACUCACUUUUGGAAGCAUCAUGACUUAUACAGUGAUGAUUCGAAGCAAUCAGCGAAAUGUCUUGCUUGCGGGGAAGACAAAAUGAUGUAAUCAUAUAAUCGGUUAGUAUAUACUCUAUUCUAGUCUUUAUGGCUCUAGAGCAAUCUCAUCUCUGAUGUCAAGUGAGAGCAUUAAAAUUUGCAUACGUUGCCAAUCAGAGAUGAGAUGUAGUUGCUAUACAGUUUUUCAAGUUAAUUGAAUCUCACGUCUGUGAUACAAACGGGAUAAGGUCUCAAUAUGACGUGCUACGGCGAAAUUUCAUUGAAAACAUAGAAGCAGGGUCAUCUUUUAUCGAAGCUAAAAAAACCCUGGACGAAAUGAAGCCUCAACUAGCACAUUUAAUUUUAUUUAAGAUUAUUUAUUCCUACAAAAAAUUUACGCUUACGAAUUUUUUUAACCUAUGUUUUUACAUGCUUAUUGCACACGCAUUGGAAUGAAGUGCCAAAAUUGACAGAAUUAUAAAAACAUCCUUACAAAAGGAUUUUUCACGACAAAUGUUACUCUAAUACUUUUUUAAAACUAAAAUAGUGAAAACACAUAUGUGUUGAAGUGUGGCAUGAAUCAGGUAAAUCUUUUUUUUAAAUGUUUAUAAAAGGUUAUUCACCACUGCACACAAUUAAGUCGGUGAAACAUAAUCAGCACAAACCGGUUUAUCUUUUUUGAAGUAUUUUUAAGAGGUUAUCCAGCGCCGCAGCACACAACUGCUUAUCUAAAAAGUAAACAAAAUGUGCUUUGUGAAUCAAACCCUACGUUAAUCAUGCAAUUAUAAUUUCUGUCGAAGCAAUGCUACCUAUUCAAUGAAACAUGUACUCUAUAAUGGCUUACAUAAAAAUUUUAGAUUAAGGAUUUAGAUUUAUAGGUACGCAAUGAGAAACACCGAGUCGAAGAGUGGAAUGAUCGGUUUAUUAGAACAGUAGCGGGAAUUACAGAACAAUUUCCGCAAGACUUUACAAUUCAAGUCUGCAUAAGCACGGACGCGUAUGUAUUUAGAUUCGUUCAAUUUUUUAUUAUGACAAUUUUACCCCUCGGCGAAUGAGGGAUCGCUCUCAUGUCACCGAUGCAGCCACACUCUUGACACGUACAUGCACUGGAUAAGAAGUCAUACAGAAUUGCGAUAAGCGUAGUGCUUAAACACUGGCGCCUAAUCUCUUUUCAAUGCCAAGCUUUAUUGGCCAAAAAGAUGUAAUAUAUAUCUCUCUCUCCGAUACAAGAGACCCGCCGCGUAUACACACUGCGCACUUACUGCCGUACGGGUACAGUACAUAAUAAUAAAUACUCCAUUUUUACAUUAA